AUGGCGACACCGCGGAUGGCUUUGUAUGCCGCAGGCUCCAACUGCUGGGGCCAGCUCGACUUCCAGCGCAGCACAGAAACCGGCUUUGAUCUGACCAGGUUCACCGAGGUCAUCUCUGCCAACGAGAUUGAGAGACCCAAAUCCGGGAAGGUAUACUCACUGGCCAGAGUUGACGGACGGUUUCUCGUCGCCGCUCACGUGCGCGACCAGAUCAGCAUAAGCGACGUCGCCAACGUCGCCUUCACGGCAAACGGCAACACCAUCCUUAACGGCUGGCACGAGAACUUCCUGACGAGCGAGUACUUCGAUGCCGAGGGAAACUCGCAUUCAAAGAUCAUCACCCUCAGGAAGCCGGCUAAACAGGUGGUCGCCUACGACACGGGCUUUGUCAUACUGUACGAGGACGGCGUCGUGGCCACCAUGGGAGACGCCCGCUUCUACGCGCCCCUCGGCCGCACACCAAGCCCUUCCACGCCCGCGGAUGAAUUUGCCGACGUGGACUGGCCGGGCGACCUGGACGCCGACCCGGUGAAGCACAUCACGGCGUGCGGCUGGAUGGUCGCGGCCCUCACGGAGUCGGGCGCCGUCUACUUAUGGGGACAGGACCCGCCGUCGCUGGGAGGCAAGGGGCCGACGUUCGUCCCGGGUCUGAGCCCCGAAAUAGGCUACGCUGAAAUCGACGGCGUGCAGGAUGUUGCAGACUUUGCACUCGGCGAAACGCACGCCAUCGCGCUCCUGUGCGACGGACACGUAUACGUGGUAGGCAACAAUGUAAACGGGCAGCUGGGAAUUCCAAGCAUCCAGUCGACCAGGGAGUGGACAAGAGCCCAACUGCUGCUGCCGCAAGGCUCUCGCAUAACUGGAGUGGCCGCUGGGCCAAAUACGUCCUUCAUUCUUGUAUCGCAUGGAGAGGCAGAGUGA